AUGGCGUUCUUGGCGCCGGUGGCCUACCUGACCCAUCAGCAGGUGUGGAGGUUUUAUAAGUGGGCGCUAUGCCACCUCGAGUCUUGGUGCAUACACAGGGACAAAUACUGGUACUUUACUUGUUUGAUGAGAGCCAGGUUUGAAGAACAUAAGAAUGAAAAGGAUAUGAGGAAGGCAAUCCAGCUGCUGAGGGAGGCGGAGGAAGAAUUCUGGUUCCGUCAGCACCCACAGCCAUAUAUCUUCCCUGACUCUCCUGGAGGUACCUCCUAUAAGAGAUACGAGUGCUACAAGCUUCCAGAGUGGUGCUUAGAUCACUGGCAUCCUUCUGAGAAGGCAAUGUAUCCUGAUUACUUUGCCAAGAGAGAGCAGUGGAAGAAACUGCGGAGGGAAAGCUGGGCGAGAGAGGUGAAGCAGCUGCAGGAGGAAACCCCACCUGGUGGUCCUCUGCCUGAAGCUUUGCCCCCUGCCCAAAAGGAAGGUGAUUUGCCCCAACUGUGGUGGCAUAUUGUGACCAGACCCAGGGAUCGGCCUGUGGAGAGAGAGAGAGAGAGAGAGAGAGAGAGAGAGAGAGAGAGAGAGAGAGAGAGAGAUAGAGACCUCACUAUUCAUGCUUGCAAGUGAAAUAAGUUACAGAAUAGACACACACAUGCCCUAA